AGUAAUUUAGUAUAAAUAUAAAAUAGACACAAGAAGUAGACACUACUUUUAAGUUGCUUCCGAGGAAAAUAGCUAGCUCUACAUGGCACUUAUAAUUAACUCUGACAAUUUUCCCUGGAUAAUUACGCCCCAUGAAAGUGUCGGGUAAACUAUUUAAUGAAUGAUGAGCGGAAAUUUUCAUGAAACCAUUGCGCAAGACCCUUACGUACUCUCUACCUUACAUUGAACCCCUUAGUAGAGAUACGCAAAAUCCCUUAGUCCGAAAGGGUACCUGCAAUAGUUACGAGGUGAUUGGUAAAAAUAAAGAAAUAAAAAAUUCGAAUAUUGAAAAUUAAAAAUAAGCGAUAAUCAUUCGUUUUGUAUUUUUUGGUAUUUUCAAAAUUUUUAACAAACGUCCGCUUUCUUAUAAUUUUUUUAUACGUGUGAUUCGGAGUAAUCUAUAUUAUCUUAUCUUUUAUUAUUGAAUAAUUUAUAUUUCAGUAUCUUACCCAUCCAUCUUCUCCAUACGUAUGAAUCAUGGAAAGAAAUGAGGACAUUGAUUAUGCUAUAAACGCCAAUCGCUGGGCCUUAAUUUUUUGCGGACUUUGGCCCUAUCACGAAAUCCAAAAUCCACCGCGUCUCUUUUCCAAAAUUAUGUCCAUCUUGCUAUAUAUAUUAUCAGCAAACAUUUAUUUAUCGCAAUUUACUGCCUUGUACGAAGUCUUGGGCAAUCGUGAUGAACUCAUUGACAAUUUAACGUACAGUCUCGUUAUACCAUUUAUGCAACUGAAAAGCAUCGUCGGUCGUAUGCAGCUGGACAAAUUUCGUACUUUGUAUUUGCAAUUGUAUACCGAUUGGCACGAGGUAUCGUUGAAUAAAAAAAAUGAGGUAUGCAAAGUAACUAUUAUGUUUUAUCAAUUUUUAUUUUUAAGAAAUUGCAUUUUUUCGAAUAUAUACUUAUAUAUUUUUAUCAAUUUCCAGAACGAUUCGGAAAUUUUUGAAAAACGCAAAAUCAUGAGAGCAUAUGCAAAAUCGGGCCGAUAUCUAUGCAUUGGCUUGACAAUAAUGAUGUACGCGACAGCUGCAUUUUUUUUUGCUGAACCUAUAUACUAUCUGAUCGUUGAAAGAAGAACAAAUAUAGCAGAACGUUAUUUUCCGUAUCCGUCGUCGUACGGUACCGAUUUGAUGAAGGAGACGCCAUUUUUCGAGGUUUUGUCAUGGAUGCAAAUAAUCGGUGGCAAUUUUUGUCUCACUGCCAAUUACGCGACUGAUAGCUCAAUUACUGUGACGCUACUUCAUCUUUGCGGCCAAUUAGAGGUGCUUGCUAACGCUUGGCGGGAUUUGUUCAAAAUUACUGGGAACGAUAAGAAACUUAUUAAUUAUCAAGUACAAGAACUUGUCAAACGCCACUUGCAUCUUAUCAAGUGAGACAUCAAUCGGUCAUUUGUAUUAUUAUUUUUUAUAUGUACUUUAGUGGAGGCACUUUUUUUCUUGCCAUAUGACAUGUUAACCUAUUUGGCCUGUCAGACUUCGCACCACCACUGGAUGGUUAAACUUAUAAGCUAGUGGGGCCCAGUCUGAUACCACUUUAUCAGAUGUGCAUACCUUGUUUCCUUUUUUUAUGGCUGUCUCCUUCAAUAAGUAGAUUGCGCCAAUGAGCUACACAGCCUUAUGGACGUACAGUGUGUGCAAGAAAGAAAAUAUGAUUUCUU